UCCGGUUGUUCUUCCGGGGGAUUGUUUUGAGCUCAUAAAAAACUGGGACUACCAUUUGCUGGAGAAAAAAGAAAAAUUUAAGAGGGAGACAAGAGGGACUGAUAUGGCGGAGAGAAUGGCAGAUAUGCAGGAAGACAUGGAGGAUCUGCCGGCUGAGGAGGACGACUCAGAUCAAGAUGAUGACGAUGACAGAUUGUUUGCUUGGAUGGUAAACGAUGAUAUGGAAGAGGAUGAGGAAGAUGAUGGGGUGGAGGAGGAACAGCCUGUGGACACUGAAGCACCUGAACUGUUUGAGGUGGACGCGCCAGCUGAACGCAGCGGUCACAUAGCAGUAGUCGACAGAAACAUCAUGUACGUGUGGGGCGGAUACAAGAAUGCUCAAAACCAUGGAUUCUUUGACUUGUAUCUGCCAAAAAAUGAGAUCUGGACCUACAACAUGGAGUCAGGAGUCUGGACAAAAUGUGUUGCUGGAGGUGACCUACAAACAUCGAUGUCAGGCAGCUGUGGGGUGUGUGUUAAUGGCGUCCUUUACCUUUUUGGUGGUCACCAUGCCAGGGGAAAUACUAACAGGAUGUAUCGCCUGUUCCUGAGAAGUAACCACCUCAUGUGGGAGGAGAUGAGGGAUCUUAAAGGAGUUCUUCCUUCAUCCAAGGAUAAGCUCGGCUGCUGGGUUCAGAAGAACAAACUGAUAUUCUUCGGGGGUUAUGGCUACGCUCCACAAGGGUCUCAUCGAGGGACUUUUCAAUAUGAUGAAUCAUCUUCUCUCGUGUGGGACAGCCCUGGGCGAGGCUGGAACAACCACAUUCACAUCCUGGACCUGGAGACGUCAACAUGGAGCCAGCCCAUCACCAAGGGGAGCAGCCCGUCACCCAGAGCAGCUCACGCCUGCGCUACAGUGGGAAAUAGAGGUUAUGUGUUCGGUGGAAGAUUUAAGAAUUGCAGACUUAAUGACUUGUACUACAUUGACUUUGAUACUUGGGAGUGGCAUGAAAUGAGCGUUCCCCAGCUCGGUCCUGUGGGCCGAUCCUGGCACUCCUUUACACCCGUGUCAUCAGACCACAUCUUCCUAUUUGGGGGUUUCACCACAGAGCGAGAAACACUAAGUGAUUCUUGGCUGUACUGUGUAAGCAAGAAUGAAUGGAAGCCUUUCAAACACAAUCACACAGAGAGCCCCAGACUGUGGCACACAGCGUGCUCCGGUCCUGACGGAGAGGUGUUUGUGUUUGGAGGUUGUGCCAACAACCUUCUAUCUAAUCUCAGAGCUGCCCACAGCAAUGAGUUACUGGUUUUCAACGUUCAGCCCAAAUCAUUAGUUAGGUUGUGUAUGGAAACCGUUCUGCAGCACAGAGAGCGUUUGUCUUCUUACUGGGACUGCUUGCCCGAACACCUCUUGCAUAGCCUGAAACAAAGGAUGUCCCACGUGAACACGCUGGGGUCUUAGGCUCACGCAGGAGCCCCGUUCCAUGUUCAGAGGGACAGAACUGUGUGUGAGGAGGAGAGGAACGUUUCUCUUACACCGAUAGUCCUUUUUAGAGGAUUAUUUUAGUGGGUGUGGACACCUGCGUUGAAAGAGAAACUAUGAAGUAAAGGUGAACAGCUGUGUAUCUGUAGAUGUGACAGUGUGCUACAUGGAUGUUUUUGUUUUUUUUUGGUCCCCUUUGUUCAGGAAACGCUUCAUUCCAGCACCUCUGAAAAGGAAAGUGCUUAAAGCACACCGCUUACCAACUAUAGUUCACAUCCGGGGCCAUUUACUCCCACAGACUGGCCUUUUCUGUCUAUUUUAGAUUUGCAGGGGCACAGCUCACAAUAAAUGUGGCCAGUAUUGCCCACGUGGUCGCCUGAAACCGUCACAUUAUUAAAUUGUUCAUGUUUUAAAUUACAGCUGCUUCCAGCAGCUGUAUAAUAACAGUGCAGAUGUUUGGGGGAAAUAAGCUGAUUAGCUGCAUACAGUCUUUCCUCAUUGGAGGAAACAAAUGAAAGCUAUGUGGUCUUUGAUCCUGCAUGUGAAAGGCUCUCACACAGAGCUUAAUGUUUUGUGUUCUUGUCCAUCUUACAAGGCCAGUGGAUCUUUCUGUAACGUUUUUAUCGAUGGUCAGUUUGUUUUAAGAAGUUCAAGACAAUUCAGCUAAAGUCCAACACUGCAUGGUUUUUUUUUGGGUUCUCAAAAAUGUAUGACCUGAUUUUCAGGAAUACUUUCAUGAUGUUCAUUCUCUCUAAAAAGCUGAAAUAUGAAAACUUUUUCUUGCCUCAAAUAUAUACGGAAUGAAAACUCUUUGUGUUUCAGUAUGUCAGGAAGACUACUGAGGUGGAAAACGCAAUGAGAAGCAUUAGGAUUUAUUCUGAUUUGCAUAGUUUUCCUCAUCUUAAGAUGUCAACAUUGUCUUAAUACUGUGGUGAAAACGUCAAGUGUGAAGAGGUUUUGCUUUGACUGCUGUUUUUGUUGUUUUAGAUCCCUGUAAAUGCAAAAUGUCAUUAAUCUUUGGUGUGAUCUUAGCUAAUAUGCUUAAAUUCUCACAGACCUUAAACUAGUGUUUUUAUGCUUUUUCAGACCAUCUACUCUGGAGCUACAGGGCUGUUAACUUUUUUUUUUGUAUAUACUUAUUUAUAUGUUUGUGAGGAAGUGUGCAAGUUCUGUGCUCUCAAAGCUUUCCAGGUAGGCAGUCGUCUCCUGUAGCGCUGUAAUUUAAUCAGUUAAUACCCAGCAAGUGUAUUGUGGAUGAUCACCCUCAUUGCACUGAAAUGCCUCGUGUCAGGGGGGCUUUGUUUGUACUUGCUUGGUUUGCACAAUGUUACCUUUUUCUUUUUUUUUCUUCUUUUAUUUUUUGUUAAAUUGUAGGAUUUGUUGCAAUUCCUACUUUGUACUCAAAAAUAAAACACUUCAAAAA